AUGCUCAUAUUACCAAACAUUAUCCAUACUACAGAUCUGCUGAUAAAGGUUGGCAGAAUUCAAUACGGCACAACCUGUCACUAA